AUGGGUCUUGGUGGUACAAGUGGUGUUAAUCAAGCUACUCCAAGCAUCGACCAUUCAACAUCUCGCCCCCGGAAAAGCCCCAAAUGGACCACUGAGCAAAACUUGAAUGGAUCGUUGUUCGUGAUCAACCACGCAAUUGUAGUCAGUGCUUGUCCAAUGGGGAGGGAUGCAGCUAAGAAAGCUAAAACGAAAGGUAAGGGCGCAGUCUUGGAAGUGGUCAACGAAGAGUUUAAUGUAUACAAAAAACUCAAGGAGCAAGAGUUGAAAUGCUUGGACAAUAUAGCCAUGAUGCAAGAGGAGGCAAUUUGA